AUGUCUUUUUGUGACACGUUCAUCUUGAUCUAUCAAGGCGCAGAUCUACGCUCAUCAGCUAAGACCGUCGAUCGGCUCAAGCAGGAGGGUGAAGCACUCCAUCACAAAAGCAAGAUCUAUUUGAGGAUAGAUCACUUCGUAUCCUUCCUGUCGCUCGUAUUCUGCCGUGCAAUUGGAAUUCGAGAAGAAUCGCUCGAAAUGAACUGCUUCGACUCAAUUCCGCCAUCUUAUCUGGAUUUCGACAUUGAUCAAAUCAAACUGAUCCUCAAAACAUAUCUUUUGGACACAUCAACAGAUGAGCAUAUCUUUUUAACGCUGUCGCAGCGGACUCUCUGUCCCCACCUAGAGCGAUUGUUGGCGGGAUCCUUAAGUCAGAGCUUGGGCCUCCUGUAUGAAGGACUCCUGCAUUUCUGCUCAACUUUUUUUUCUUGA